CGAAUUUCAUUCCGUGUUCGCCAAUGCUCACAAUAAUAAUUCGUUCCCCUCAUGGAUGACAGAAUGGAGACGGUGGAAAAUCCAUGUGAUAAAUGUGGCCGGAGUUUCCCUGAUGGUCCCACAUUUGUUUCUCACGCCUGUUCAAAAAGCCAAACGACUCCAUCCAGUAAAGGACAACUAGGCAGCUUCAAAUGUUCUCAGUGUAACAAUGUUUUUUUGAAACCAGUUGCUCUGAAACACCACUUUAAAACCAACCACAGGGAUCAUGACCCUAAAGGUCAGUUCACCUGCUUCAGGAACGACUGCCAGUUCAGCAGCACAGACCGUCAAGAGUAUCAAGCCCACUUGACGUCCAUGCACGAUCUGAAUCUCAUUCCCUGCACCCACCACUCCUGCAAAAUGUCAUUUACUACAAAGGGUGAGAUGGAAAGCCAUUGGAAGAGCCAUAUGCCAUUUGGCUGUUUUCACUGUCAGUUUGUCACUCAAAAUGCAAAAGGCAUGAGGGACCACCUAUUGGAGCACAGUCAUCUUCCGAAUAAGUCUCAAGGGAAUGAGUCAGAGACCCAAUCAGCAGGUGCUCAUGGAAGUCACCAGCCUCAGGUUUCCUCCAGGCCUAAAAGAACAUAUAAAUCUGUGCCAACUUGUUUGUCAUCAUCAAUACAAGAGGAGCAUGGGGAGGAGCUCGAGAGGCAAGUGAUUGGUACAAAUCCAUGUAAAGAGGCAACUGGAAAAGACAACUCUUCAUCACUGCCAUCCAAAGAGUACCUUGCAGAGGGAACAGAGCAUAUUUAUCGCACCCACGCCUGCCCCAAAUGCCGGCGCUGCUUCAAGAUGCGCUCUCACCUGCAGGAGCACCUUCGUUUGCAUUUCCCUGACCCCAGUCUCCAGUGUCCCACCUGCAAGCGCUUCUUCACCAGCAAGAGCAAGUUACGGAUACACCGGCUCCGAGAGGCCGGUGAAAAGAUCCAUCAUUGCCACCUGUGUGAGUACUCUGCCGUGGAGAGGAACGCCAUCCGCCGCCAUCUCAUCAGCGUGCACGGCGAUGAGGCAGAGGAAGCCAUGAAUGGUCAUAGCUAUAUUUGUCCCACCUGUGGCCGAUGCUUUGGCCAGAGUAGGGCACUAAAGGCUCACAUGAAGAUGCACAACAUCCAACCAGACAGUGAGCCACUGACCUGUUUCCAAGAUGGUUGUUCUUUCAAGAGCUCUCUGCGUAAAGACCUCGUCAAACAUUCUGCCGAAGUGCAUGGGAUCAAAGCGGUGGAGUGUCGUCACCACGCAUGUGGUGCCAUCUUUCAGAGCGAGACAGACAUGGAGGUCCAUUAUCGGAAACACCUCGCCUACCACUGCUCGGAAUGUGACUUCUCCUGCUCCAAUAAAACCAUCUUCCUCCAGCACCAGCGGCACGGUCACCCAGGGAACGAAAAGCUUUCCUGUGACUUUUGCUCCUUUGUCACAUUCAACCCUGUGGAGUUUGAGCAGCACAUCGGGCACUUGCAUGCCAACGAGAAGAUCCACUGCUGCUCUCAGUGCAGCUAUGUCACCUCGCAUAAACGUGGCUUGAAGCGGCACAUGCUGAUGCACAGUGGUGAGAAGCCCCACAAGUGUAACCUGUGUGACUUCAGGUGUCGUGACGAGUCCUAUCUCUCCAAACACAUGCUCACUCAUUCGGAUGACAAGAACUUUAUGUGUGCUGAAUGUGGAUACAUCACUAAAUGGAAGCACUAUCUCAACGUCCACGUGAGGAAACACGCUGGAGACCUCAGGUAUUCAUGUGACCAGUGUCCAUACCGCUGUCACCGCAUGGACCAGCUGAAGAGCCACAAAUUACGACAUCAGGCUAAAUCCCUCAUGUGCGAGAUCUGCGCUUAUGCCUGCAAACGCAAAUAUGAACUCCGCAAUCACAUGUUGGCCAAACAUUCAGGCGAGGAAAAACGGCCUGCUGUGUUAAAGUGCAAAUACUGCACAUAUGCCACCUGCUACAGACAGGCUCUUCAAAAUCACGAGAACUGCAAGCACACCAAGGUGAAAGAGUUUAGAUGUGCCCUGUGCAUCUACUCGUCCUUCAGUAGCAUCAGCCUAUUCCUUCAUAAGAGGAAAAGCCAUGGGUAUGUACCUGGGGAUAAAGCGUGGCUGGAGAAUUAUGCAGCAAAAGAGAAGGAGAGAAACUCUGCAGAGUUGAUACAGGAUUUUUACAUUAAGCCAUUAGUGGAUUUUAAGCUGACUGAACAAUCUGCUUGUGAAGCAGCCCCGUCAUCAGCAACUCCUGACUCUCAAAGACAGCAAUCGACAGAUCACGACCCCAGCAGAGAAACCGCUGCUGUCUCACAACCUGUUGAUUCUGUUUUCGAUGUUGUUUCUCAAGAAGUUGUGAGCGAAGACGUUUCCAAUAGUCCUCCAUAUGUUAACAGUCCUGAGCAGUAUUGUACACUCGUCUUAACUGCACUAGGAACUGCUGAUGACCCGACCUCACCGCUACAAAAUGUGGAAAAAAACUGUGAGAACACACCAACUUUGGCUUUUAAUGGGCCAGAGUCAUCACAAGAAAAUGCAGACCUCUCUACACUUUCAAGCUCAGAGGAAGACACCACAGCAGAGUCCAAACAAAUGCAAUCAGGUGACACCAGUGAACACUUGAACAUUAUCAGUCAACCAGUUGAGAUUGUAGGACAAUUUCAGACAUCUGAGGUGGAGAAUUAUGGCAAAAUGAACAAUUGUACUUUUGUACCUCAACCAAAUGAUCCAAAACAAUCUGAGAUCCACCUGAAAGCUAUGAAGAAACAUGAGAAGGACCAAGCAGAAGCCAUGGUUUUAGAGGGAAGGGUACAGAUGCUCGUGGUGCCCACUCAAGAUAUUCACCGCUGUGACAAAUGCUCCUAUGUCACAUGUAAAGAGGCGGCUUUAAAAAAACACUGCCAAGCUUUGUGCCACAGCAGGACAAAGGGAUACGAGUGCCAAGCCUGCGGUGCGCAGUUCAAACAGAGGCGGGCCCUCGACAGCCACCUGAAAAAAAAGUGCCCGGCACUUCCACACAAAACGAGGACAUUCGUAGGUCUCCCAGAUGGAUGUCAAGCUACGGAGGAGAUUUCUACAGAAGGUCAGAAAGAGUCCAAACAAGUGGAGGAGGGAACAAGUUUGGAUCAGAUGGAACUUCUAUCAUCACAAAAUGAGAGUUUCACAAAAUCUAAAAGUCUUGAAGUUAAUCAGCAAGACGAGGAAGCAUGCACAUCUUCUCACACUACGGCAUCCACGGUAUCGCAGCAAAAAAAGAGCCAAAUUCAGACGGAUGCGUUUCUGAAUGUCAAGCUUGUGAGAAAACCAUCAACCACCAAACUCAGAAAGAUUUCACUUCAGAGAAGGACUCUGUACGUUAAGAAAGGUGGAAAAUUCAAAUGCAGCCUGUGUAGUUUUACAUCUGUCAGACUCCCAACCAUUAAACAGCACGUCUCAAGAUGCAGGGAAGCCCUUAGUAAAAAAGAGAAUCAAAUAAUUUUAGAAAGGAACAAUAAAGGUGGGAAUGGCUCCGUCAUGGACAGUGAAGACCUUGCAGAGGAGAUCGAUGAAGGCCCUCUGAAAGUUUCUGGAAAAAUCUUUAGUUGUCCAAACUGUGAGUUCAAAUGCAAUCAGAAAAGAGCGUUAAACAGCCAUGAAAAGAAAGGGUGCAUGAAGCCAGGUGAAGUCCAAUGCAUCUCGUGUUCAUUCGUAGCUAAAUCUGAUAUUUCUUUGAAUCGUCACAUUGUGUGUGUUCACAAGAAAAAAAAGUUUUGCGCCACAAGAUCCAAACGACUGCACUGCCAACACUGCACCUUCAGCUGUAGACAAGAACAGCGCAUGGAACAACACAUUGCUUUGAGACAUAAAGGUGCUCCACCCCACUGUUGCCGCUACUGCCCCUUCAGCACCACGAGGCGCUAUCGCUUGGACGAGCACGAGUCUCUGCACACAGGGAUUGGCCGCCACAGCUGCGACGUGUGCAACAAGACCUUUGGGGCCGUGACAAAACUGCGCCAGCACAAAAUGCGCAUCCAUGACAAGCAACCUACACACUUCUGCUCACAGUGUGACUUCUGUGGCUACACACUCGACGAUAUCAGACGGCACAACCACAGAUGUCACACGGGGGAGUUGCAGCAUGAUUGCACUCAUUGUGACGCUCAGUUUAGCUCGGUGAUUGCUUUAAGGAACCACUGCAAACGCGUGCAUCAACUUCAAGUGUGUUUUUCAUGUAAGAAAUGCGACUACACGUGUAGCAGCGAUGUUGCACUGAAAGCCCACCAACAGAGCAGGCACCUGGACGUAAAGUGCACAGUCUGCCAGGAAUCUUUUGAGACAAAGGAACACCUUGAGCUUCACCAAAGAACUCACCUGGCGCAUAAGUGUCAGCUGUGUCCCUUUGCUACGAAAACAAGGCCGCUGUUGGCCCAGCAUCUGCUGAGUGAACAUGAGGAUGGGUCUGCAGAGAGCAAUCCUCUCAAGUGCAGCACCUGUGAGUUUUCUUGUCGGCAUCAAUUGGUGUUGGAGCAGCACCUCCGUUCACAUGGAACCAAGCGCAUGUACAAAUGCACCGACUGCGAGUAUUCGACCCGAAACAAGCAGAAGAUCACGUGGCACAUUCGCAUACACACUGGGGAGAAGCCUUACAGCUGUGAGCAGUGCACUUACACCUGCACGGAUCCAUCUAGGCUAAAGCUUCACAUGAGAGUUCAUCAAGAAGAGAAGAAGUACCUCUGUCCGGAAUGUGGCUACAAAUGCAAGUGGGCGACUCAGCUGAAGUAUCACAUGACCAAACACACAGGAGAGAAGCCAUAUGCCUGUGACGAGUGUGACUACCGCACCAACAGAGCCGAUGCCCUCCGUACACACCAGGACACGCAGCACCGCAACACGCGCCCGUAUGUCUGCGAGAAGUGUGGCAAAGCCUUCAAGACCACUUUCGUAUUGAAGACCCACCAGAAGCAGCACAGCGACGGCCGGCCGUAUACUUGUGGACUGUGCCAGAAGGCCUUCCGUUGGCCGGCGGGGCUCAGACAUCACUACUUGUCUCAUACCAAGCAGCAACCUUUCUGCUGCUGCCACUGCUCCUACAGGGCCAAGCAGAAGUUCCAGGUGGUCAAGCACCUGCAGCGGCACCAUCCACAGGUGCCAGUGGAGCAGGGAGUGCUGAGAGACUCUGAAGCUGGUGGCCUCACCCUGAAGGAGGCCUUGCAAGGAACUCUGGGUGAGCGGGCAACACAUGGAACAGCCAGUAAACAGCUUCUUCCAGCCAGUGAGUAGGAGGAAGGAAUUGAAAAAGUCGUGGCACUGAGACAAAAUGCUAAGGAGACACAGUAGAGAUCUACAAAUCUGACCAUUUUUGUCUUUUUUUUAAUCAAUAAAGUAUGGUUUGUAUUGCCCGUUUAUCAGAACUCAGAAGUAUGUGCAGAGAAUAAAUGAAUGAGCCAGAGAUUGUUGAAUAUUGAUUUUUACUCAUUGAUAUUGCACCAUUCAGAAAAUGUGAAAAUGCUUGCGUACACUCACACAUUAUACAAUACACGACAAUUGGACAAUUUUAACAUUAGCCUAACAGAAAUGUCUUAUCUUAAAAAUUUGCUGCAGAUUAACCAACUUGAUGCAAAGUUUUGAGUAAUUAUUGAUUCAUAAUACUGGCAUUUGGCCAUCUUUUAACAAUAUAUUUUUUAAACUAUCAACCCUGUUGAAAGAUAUUGCAUCAACACUCUUAGAGGAUGUUCAUUCAGCUGUUUUAUCUUGCGGAAAAGAAAUCACAAAACUGUUUUAUGCAUGAGACAAACAUUCAGGCUUUGUAAAACAUGUGGCAGUAAUUAAA